AUGUGUGACUCUGGUGCGCUGCAGGCCCCUUCCCGCGGACACAUUAACACUUUAUUUCCCUCUGCAGGUUUGUGCAAUAAUGGAAAAUGGAGACUCGUUUAUAAUAUAAAAAUUUUGAGCUUGGCGCUUAAUGUCACUCUGAUCAUUUCCAUCAUCAUCAUCAGCAGAACUGCUUUAUCAGGGACAAGCGCAGUAUUGCCAACCGCCCUACCUUCUCCUUCCACUCCAACUGAAUGCUGUCCGGAAGGCUGGAUUGGCUACCAAAGGAAAUGUUACUAUUUUUCGGACAGUGACAGAAACUGGACUUAUAGCCAGAAUUACUGUGCCUCUUUCAAUGCCUCUUUGGUUGUGAUUGACUCCCAAGAGGAGAUGAGCUUCUUGAGACGGUACAAAGGUGCUGCUGACCACUGGAUUGGUCUCCAAAGGAUGAAUGACCAGGAGCCUUGGAAAUGGAUCAAUGGCACCAUUUUCAAUAACUGGUUUGAAAUUCGGGGAGGAGGAGAAUCUGCUUACAUAAACCAUGAAGGUGUUGCCAGCUCCAGCGGCCAUCGUGAAGAACCCUGGAUCUGCAGCAAACCAGUUCACAAAUCAGAAAGGACAGUGGAUGCAGGGCCGUAGCUAGGGGGUGGUGAGGUGGGCCCCCACCAGGGAUGCAGGCGAGAGGGGGCGCGCAAAAUUUGCUUGCCACCACUAUCCUUUAUGAGACCAGUGGUAACAUUUGGCCCUGUAGAAUAUUAACCACUCUCAGUUUUACCUGUGGACUGCCAUCUGCCCAGAUUUUAAUUUGCACUGAACUACAGUGGUACCUCGGGUUACUUACACUUCAGGUUACAGAUGCUUCAGGUUACAGACUCCGCUAACCCAGA